AUGCUGUCCGGAAUGGAUGCAAGGAUGCAAAAGAUGAAAUUCUCGCAAGCGAGAAUUGACGAGGACGAGAGAAUGCGCGGCGCCGACGAAAGCGGGCUGUUCGCUUCCCUACGUAGUGCUGACUUUGCCGGCAGGCUUCAUCGCGGAGCUUUGGAACGUUUGGAACCUCGAGAACGGCAUGUAUCAGCACAAGCUCGACAUGUGGGUAGUCGGCUUGGCUAUCUGAGGAUGGGGGCGCUACACCCUGCGCAGCAACGCACCAAGCCACUUCCGCAGGCGCCGCCUCAGUUGCCACCAUACCAGCCGCAGCUGACGCCUCAGGCACCACCAGGGCCACCGCAGCAAGCCCCCGCGCUCACGCAGUACCGAGUACCUGAUGCAAGGCAACGCAAGCUUGCUAUCCGCAAGUUAGAUGGCACCGAGGUGUACGCCGGGCUGGGGUCAGCCUUUUGGGACUGGGCAGACCUUUUGGCGCCAAGUGGACAUGGCUCAAGAGUCGUACGGUUUCCUGUGGAGUGA